GAAGCUUUUCGUGAAAGGAGUGAACUGGAUUGUUUUCUUGAAUUACCUGUGUUUGUUCUUUGGUACAGAGUCAAAGGGGCGAUCUGGUUCACCUUGACAAGCACAUCGAUAUUACGGCCUGAAUCUGCCUUGGAGAGUUUUCUAUUGUUAAUUUCCCGGUACAAGACCUGGCGUGCCCGAGUCUGUCUAUUGGGCUGGUGUCUUCCAUUCUGUUAUUGUUAGAAGCUGCUUGCUUGUGAAAGAUUGUUUCUCAGUCGACCUGAGGAGUUGUCAAAACUAAAAGUUCUCUCCUGGAAUAAUGUGAAGUUGGUAGUAGAGAGCAAGGAAGUAAGCGGACCUGCAUUAGACAAAAUCGUGUUUAUUUGUUUCGGUAAGAGCAGUGACACACAGCCCAGGAAUCUGGCAUCCUUCUGUCCAUUUGUUUGAGAAGAAACUUGUGAAGAAAAGUUUCGGUUUCUACCCUCCAAACUGGAAAGUAUCUGUUGGCGUAACUGUGGUCGCUGACAAACUGAUCUUCUGGCUUGUCCUAAAUCUCAAGGACAAAAGAGUUUUGCAGUGUUUUUGAACAGUGAGGUGGAACCAUCGAACUCUCCAUUGUGAGUUUAAUUAAAGGUAUAUCCCACGAGGCUUCGAUUCGAGAGCUGUGUAAGAUUUUUAACAUAAAUAUAACUUAACAUUUUGUAAACUAGGAUUAAUCAUGGCAGAACCUUCUAUUAAAAAGGAAGAGCAGCAGUCCUUGCGUUCGCUCGACUCGCUGGAUUUCAAUGCAGUCGCCGAUUUUUCAGAUCUUUCUAUCAGAGAUCUUACCUUGCUGAUGGAACACAGGGGACAAGAAGCAAGAGAUUACUUAAAUUCAAACUUUGGAGGCGUGCAGAAGCUUAUCCACAAGCUGCACACUUCUUCUGAGAGAGGAAUUGGUGGAUUUCCCGAAGACCUUGAAAAUCGCAAGGCAGUGUUCGGUUGUAAUUUCAUUCCACCAAAACCUCCCAAAACCUUUCUCCAGUUUCUUAUCGAUGCUUUCAAGGAUAUAAUCCUUAUAAUUCUGACCGUUGCAGCGGUCGUAUCCCUAAUGUUAGGAAUUUUUGCGCCAGAGGAGUGCGAGGGGUCGGAAGACAACACUGGCUGGAUCGAUGGCUUUGCUAUUAUUGUUGCAGUGAUAAUAGUGGCAUUAGUGACUGCGGUGAACGAUUAUCAAAAGGAGCAGCAGUUUCGAGGCUUGCAGAAUAAAAUCGAGAGCGAACACAAAUUUACAGUUGUGAGGCAUGGAGAACCUAUUGAAGUACUGAACAGCGAAAUAGUGGUGGGUGACCUUUGCCAGGUCAAAUAUGGUGAUUUAUUGCCAGCUGAUGGUGUUGUUGUUCAGUGUAAUGACUUGAAAGUUGAUGAGAGCUCUCUGACAGGAGAAUCAGAUCUUGUUAAGAAAGGACUAGAGAGAGACCCACUGCUACUUGCUGGAACCCACAUUAUGGAGGGAAGUGGCAAGAUGGUGGUUUGUGCUGUGGGAGUGAAUUCACAGACGGGAAUAAUCUUUUCUUUGCUUGGAACACAUGGUGAUAAAGGAGAAGAAAAGCCAGAUGGGAAGGGUGAAGAAGCACCACAGUCACCAUCCAUUAAAGCCAGUAAGGAUGACUUUGAGGAUAUCAACUUGGAUGAGGAGAAAGAUUCUGAUUCAAAUGGAAAGGAGAAGAAAGACAAGGAUGAGAAGUCCAUCCUUCAAGGAAAGUUAACAAAACUGGCAGUCAGUAUUGGUUGGCUUGGUGUGGCUGCUGCCCUCCUAACAAUUAUUGUCAUGGUCUUGCAGUUCAGCAUCAGAAAGUAUGUCAACGAGAAAGCUUCUUGGCAAAGUGAGCACUUAAAUGCUUACGUCAAUGCCUUUAUUACUGGUCUGACAGUGUUAGUUGUAGCUGUACCUGAGGGUCUGCCACUGGCUGUUACAAUUUCUUUGGCAUACUCUGUUAAGAAAAUGUUGGAUGACAAUAAUUUAGUCAGACAUCUUGAUGCCUGUGAAACCAUGGGCAAUGCAACAGCCAUCUGUUCUGACAAGACAGGAACUCUAACCACAAAUCGCAUGACUGUAGUUCAGAGUUAUCUAGCAGACAAUCAUAACAAAGAAGUGCCAAAACAAGGACAGCUGCCACAGACACUGGUUGAGUUGCUCUGUAAAGGAAUUGCGAUAAACAGUAGCUACGCUUCCAACAUACUGCCUUCAGAACUUCCUGAUGGUCUCCCAACACAAGUUGGAAAUAAAACUGAAUGUGCAUUGCUGGGCUUUGUGCUUGAAAUUGGUGAAACUUAUCAAGAUUACCGAGAUAAUAACCCAGAGUCUAGUUUUGUCAAGGUCUACACUUUUAACUCUGCAAGGAAAUCCAUGACAACAGCUGUACGUCUCCCUGGUGGAGGAUUUCGAAUAUAUUCCAAGGGUGCAUCUGAGAUAAUGUUGAGUCGCUGUACAUCUGUCAUUUGUAAAGAUGGUGAAAUCAAACCCUUUACAGCUGCUGAUACUGAAAAGAUGGUGAAAGACGUAAUUGAGCCAAUGGCCUCUGAUGGUUUGAGGACCAUCACCCUGGCUUACAGAGAUUUCCCAGCCAAUGGAGUUCCUCCUGAGAAAGUUGGAGAAGCUAGUGCAGAAAUAGAGCCAGACUGGGAAAAUGAAGGUGAAGUGUUGUCUAACAUGACAUGCAUUGGAGUUGUUGGAAUUGAAGAUCCUGUGCGACCUGAGGUACCAGAUGCAAUUUUAAAAUGCCAGCGUGCAGGAAUUGUUGUGCGCAUGGUUACAGGUGAUAAUGUAAACACUGCCAGAUCCAUUGCUUUCAAAUGUGGCAUCCUGCAACCUAACAGUGAAUUUCUUGUACUGGAAGGCAAGGAGUUCAACAAACUCAUCCGUGACUCUUCAGGAAAGGUUAGCCAGAAGAAGUUUGAUGAAGUGUGGCCCAACUUACGUGUAUUAGCUCGAUCCUCACCCCAGGACAAGUACACUCUUGUCAAGGGCAUCAUUGACAGCAAGCUUAAUCCAACACGGGAAAUUGUGGCUGUGACUGGUGAUGGUACCAAUGACGGUCCAGCACUGAAGAAAGCUGAUGUUGGCUUUGCCAUGGGUAUUGCUGGAACAGAUGUUGCUAAAGAGGCAUCUGACAUCAUUCUAACUGAUGAUAACUUUAGGAGCAUUGUUAAAGCUGUUAUGUGGGGGCGCAAUGUCUAUGACAGCAUCUCAAAGUUUCUGCAGUUUCAGUUGACUGUGAACUUGGUUGCUAUUGUUGUUGCCUUUAUUGGUGCUUGUGUUGUUCAGGUAAGUCCUCUGACUGGCACACAGCUUCUUUGGGUGAACCUAAUUAUGGACUCCUUUGCAUCACUGGCCUUAGCUACAGAGCCACCAACAGAAGACCUCUUACAACGCAAACCCUAUGGACGCACCAAACCACUUAUCUCGCGAACAAUGAUUAGAAACAUUCUUGGUCAUUCAAUAUUCCAGCUGAUUGUCAUGUUUGUCCUGGUAUUCCUGGCAGAUGAUUUAUUUGAUAUAGAAGACGGUUACUUGGAAACAACACGCUGUAAACCAACAGCUCACUCUAGCAUGGUUUUUAAUACAUUUGUUAUGAUGCAACUCUUUAAUGAAAUUAAUUCACGUAAAGUUCAUGGAGAGAGAAAUGUGUUCUCUGGUAUUACCCAUAACCCAGUGUUUCUUAUUAUCAUGGCAGGAACAUUUGUAGUGCAGAUUCUAAUAAUUGAGCUGACUGGUAAAGCCUUCCAUGUAACAGGACUGGGCUGGGAGGAAUGGCUUUGGUGUGUCUUUCUUGGAUUUUCUGAGUUGCUAUGGGGACAACUUGUCCUUACAAUUCCCAAGACAUCAUUCCCAAAGCUUUGUCGAUUUGGUACAAAAGAACUUCCCCUUGCGACAAUAGUGGAACCUGAUGGACCAAAGGACAGCAAGGCUCGUCUGUUGUGGAUACGUGGGCUGACGAGAUUGCAACACCAAAUCCGAGUGGUAAAUGCAUUCAGAAGUGUUAUUGAUGGACGAAGUCAAAGAGCCAUUGCAUCUCCAGCAGUAUUUAAUUCUUUGCUAGCCCCUGUGCGAACAGCAAUGGUUUAUGAUGAUUCACAGUAUCCAUCUGCCUUGGAUAGCACUGAGCCUGGAGCUGAAGCAAUACAGCGGUGAUCAUGAUUGCUGUGGAAGUCUGUGUGGACAGAUUAAAAUUCUCCUCCUCUGUCUUAAUCCUUUUGGUCUCCAGAGUAGAUAGAACCAAGUAUAAAAUUUUAACUGACAGAUGUUUAAAUCUAAUUUGCAAGCAGUUCAAGUCAACUGAGUCAUAGUAAAGAGUACAAAAUGAUUAAGUAGCCCUUUCCUUUUAUACUUUAUCUCUUGCUCAGGAAAGCCGUUGAAUGUCUCACAGAUUGCUUAUGACAGUGGUUUGAAAUUCAGUGGUUAAUAGGAUCAGUAUGCAUUGAUAUCAGAAAAUUAAUUUGUCAGGAAUUUUUUUACCAGCUUUACUCUUAACAUCUCCUCUAUGCUAAAGGUGCUUUUUCCAUUGCUGUUGUACUUCCUCACUUGAAGUGUCAAAAAACAGUGAUUAAAUUAGUACAUUGGCUUUUUAAUUUUUUCCUCUUACUUUUCUCUGUAUCCUUUAAGGUAACCUUCCUUAAACUUCACUAUAGCUAUGAUUGAGUUUUCUGGAUCCUUAGUUAAUUGUCAGAAAGUAUUUCCCUAUUUUCAUUGAGUGUUGGAAGAGUUUUCAGAACAAAAUAAGUCAACAUGCUGCAAUUACUAAGGGAUUGAAUAUUUCAUUUAUAUGUAGAGAAUUCUUAGUAGGUUCCUUAAGGACAGAAUGAUAUUUUAAUCUGUUCAAAACCAUUUGAAAUCAUUUGGCAAGUGAUCAACUGUUUAUCUAAAAUGUAUAAUUUUGGUGAUAUUUAUGUAAUUAUAUAUUGAGACUGCAAUUACAAUGCCAUUUUUGCAUUGUAUUGUUUCAAGGGUUGGUCAGAACUUUACCAUUCACAAAAUCUCAAGGAUUCUACCAGAAAUUUUAGGAAUUGAACCCAUUUGUUACUUUUGCACCUUGCAUUUUAUAUUUUUUUAAUUGUUUUCUCAGACUGGCACUUUCACACCAGGAAAUUUAGACAUACAGUUUAAGUGUUAAUUUUGUUUCUCUAUUGGGGCCAAGUGGUAAACUAUGGAUGGUUCAAAAGAAUCAUCUACUAAGGGAGAAAUGACAGGUCAAUUCUUCCUCUCUUUACCAAUGAAAUGUGGAGGAAGCAGUUUUUUCGAAACAUGAGCCAAUCAUUUUCAGGUGACAAAGGUUAAACUCCUUUAUGUAUUUAGAAAGUUUCUUGUUACAAAGGUAACUGAGAGCUACUAAUAGUUACCUGUGUAACUUACCCGACUUCAGAAGCUUUCUAGAUAAAUAUGCUGAUGUCAAACCAAAAUCUAGUUAAGAUGGCGCUAAGGUGGUAGUUUUAGAUAUAAUUAGUUUAAAUUUCAGUUAUAAACAAUAGUGGAGUUGAGGUCUUUUCUAGAUCUUACUAUAGCAACAGUGUAUUCCUUAUAGCUGUCUGUAUUUCUAUUUUUUUAAAAUUGAUUGCUCCAAACGGCAUUUCAAUAUUUGGAAGUUAAGAUGAACGAGUUGUCUAUUUUUAAUUAAUUAUUUAUUUGCUGUACCAUGAUUCAAGGCGGGAUUCAAUGGAGAGUCUCGCCAUAGCGUACUGAAGGUACUGUAGUAUUACCAAUAGGAUCCUUUGCAUUAUCAUUAUGAUAAAGAUAUUAUAGGGAACUCCCGUGUAACAUGCGUAAUAAAGGAUAUAAUCUUA